CGUGGCAUAAAUAAUAAUAUUAUAAAAAAAACAAAGGAGAGUAGAGAGAAAACGAGAGAAAAGAAGGAAAUGGAAAGCGAAGCAGCAGCGACUGUUCAAGCCACCAGGCCGAGAAGAGCACCUAGGACUCCGGUGACAGCCAUUUUGACGGAUAAGAGAAGACGGAAACCUAAGAGCAACAACGAGUCUCAGUUACCAUUUUUGCUACAGCAGAGUCAAAAGGCCACCGUUGACGACACUUACUCUCAGUGGAAGACUCUUCUUCCCAUUCUCUAUGAUUCGUUUGUUAAUCAUACCCUCGUCUGGCCCUCUCUCUCUUGCAGAUGGGGGCCACAGCUUGAGCAAGCAGGUUCUAAGACUCAACGUCUCUAUCUCUCGGAACAAACGAAUGGCAGUGUGCCUAAUACUUUGGUCAUAGCCAAUUGCGAAACUGUUAAUAGGCAGCUUAAUGAAAAGGCACACUCUCCAUUUGUGAAGAAGUACAAGACCAUCAUCCACCCUGGAGAGGUCAACAGAAUUAGGGAACUCCCUCAAAAUAGCAAGAUUGUAGCUACUCACACCGACAGUCCUGAUAUUCUCAUUUGGAACACUGAGACUCAACCAGACCGGUAUGCUGUGCUUGGAGCUCCAGAUUCUCGUCCAGAUUUGUUACUAAUUGGGCACCAGGAUGAUGCUGAAUUUGCUCUUGCAAUGUGCCCAACCGAACCUUUUGUUCUCUCUGGAGGCAAGGACAAGUCCGUUAUUUUGUGGAAUAUCCAAGACCAUAUCACAAUGGCUGGUUCGGAUUCCAAAUCCCCUGGAUCCAGCUUCAAGCAGACUGGUGAAGGUAGUGAUAAAACUGGUGGUCCUUCUGUUGGCCCUCGAGGCAUAUAUAAUGGCCACAAAGAUACUGUUGAAGACGUGGCAUUCUGUCCAUCUAGUGCACAAGAAUUCUGCAGUGUUGGUGACGAUUCUUGCCUUAUGCUAUGGGACGCAAGAACUGGCACUAGUCCUGCCAUGAAGGUUGAGAAGGCACAUGAUGCUGAUCUUCACUGUGUCGAUUGGAAUCCUCAUGACAAUAAUCUGAUCCUGACUGGGUCAGCAGAUAACACUGUCCGUGUGUUUGACCGCCGAAACCUUACCUCAAAUGGAGUUGGUUCACCUGUUUACAAAUUUGAAGGCCACAGAGCUGCUGUUCUUUGUGUUCAGUGGUCUCCUGAUAAAUCAUCUGUUUUUGGGAGUUCUGCAGAAGAUGGUCUCUUGAACAUAUGGGAUUGUGAUAGGGUUGGCAAGAAGUCUGAGCGUGCAACCAAAACUCCUGAUGGGCUUUUCUUCCAGCAUGCUGGUCACAGGUUCUCAAGACUUAAUUCUAAUUCACUUGCUUGCCUUUCCCUUUUACUCUCUUCAGUGGAAUCUAUAAUUUCCUCGUGUAUAUCUUCUUAGGGACAAAGUGGUCGACUUCCACUGGAGCCUAUUGAACCCUUGGACUAUUGUCAGUGUUUCUGAUAAUUGUGAGAGUAUCGGUGGAGGUGGUACAUUGCAGAUAUGGCGGAUGAGUGACUUGAUUUACAGACCGGAAGAUGAAGUCCUGACAGAGCUAGAGAAAUUCAAGUCACAUGUUUUCACAUGUACCUCCAAGUCUUGAGGAAGCAAUCCCAUCAUGUCUAUUAGUAUUAGUAAGUUGCUGGGGUUUAGUGUCAGUUUUUGCGAGGAAAAUCAGUUUACUUAUGCGAUUUAGGUGUUAUUUUUGCGGAAUAUUACUUGGUUUAUGUAGGCCAGUAAUUCAACAUAUUGGUAGAUUUAGGACUUCCGGAAUCUUGUAUGGUACUUGAUCCUGUUUCUUCAGGUUAAUCCUAGGCACCUAACUUGCUUGUAUUUUCAACUUUUUUUUUUGUGAAUCCAAACUUGGUUAAGCAAGACCAAACUAAAACAACAGAUUGAAUCAGUGAAAUCCAAAUCUCAA